CGAAGAGAGAGAGAGCUUCGCGGUGGCGAGUAGAGCGAGUGAGAGAGGGAGAGAGAGAGAGGCUCGUUUUACACUGUAGGGGAGCGAUAUAGAGCGCGGUUAUAUUCGCACUUCUCUCACAUAGGUAGAACGAAGUUUUCUUCUUCUUCCUCAGGGGAAGCGCUCCGAAUUAUUUUGUUGUUUUCUUUUUUGGGACUAUUUCUGUGCAGUUAAAUACAGUCUAAAGACACAAAAACCAACAAAAUCAUGUCGGCGUCAGCGGCGAAAGUCAGUAGAAAGGAGCAGAACUCAAAUCAUGACGGAGCGGACGAGACCUCGGAAAAAGAACAGCAGGAAGCUAUUGAACACAUCGAUGAAGUACAGAAUGAAAUUGACAGAUUGAACGAACAAGCAAGCGAGGAAAUUUUAAAAGUAGAGCAGAAAUACAAUAAGCUACGCCAGCCAUUCUUCCAGAAGAGAUCAGAACUCAUAGCCAAAAUUCCAAACUUCUGGGUCACAACAUUCGUCAACCAUCCACAAGUGUCAGCCUUGCUUGGGGAGGAGGAUGAGGAAGCACUUCACUACCUGACCAGGGUCGAGGUCACAGAGUUCGAGGACAUCAAAUCAGGUUACAGAAUAGAUUUUUACUUUGAUGAAAAUCCUUACUUCGAAAACAAAGUCCUGUCAAAAGAAUUUCACUUGAACGAAAGUGGUGAUCCAUCUUCAAAAUCAACUGAAAUUAAAUGGAAGGCUGGAAAGGACUUGACAAAGCGUGCCGAGCAGACACAGAACAAGGCUGGAAAGAAAAGGCAACAUGAGGAGCCAGAGAGUUUCUUCACCUGGUUCACUGAUCACUCCGAUGCAGGCGCAGAUGAGCUCGGAGAGGUCAUCAAGGAUGAUAUCUGGCCCAAUCCUCUGCAGUACUACUUGGUCCCAGACAUGGAUGAUGAGGAAGGAGAGGGUGAAGAUGAGGAUGAUGAAGAGGAGGAGGAAGGAUUGGAAGACAUUGAUGAGGAGGGAGAUGAAGAUGAGGGAGAGGAAGACGAGGAGGAAGAUGAGGGAGAGGAUGGAGAGGAUGACGGGGAGGAUGACUAAGAACUGAUUAAGGACAUAUUCCCGUAUUCCAACAACCUCCAUACCUGUUCUUUCCUUUUGAAGUCAUCCUCCAACCUGAGGGAGCAAAAAGCUUUGUUUAUUUUGAUCUCUUUUUUUUAUUUUAUUUUUGUGCUCCGUCUUCUGUUCUACUGAAGCCUCUCCUGUCCUUACCAUGUCUAAUACGAGUUAAUUCCCUGGAUAUACCUGCAUUGGAAAACUAGUGGCAUCUCGUUGCUGAAGCCUCUUGCGUCAUCAACUAUUACACCAUCUCCAAAGACAAAUACAAGAUAUUAACAAUCUGCACGUCAUCCUCUGUAGACUAAACUGAAGUAAAUAGCAAUUUAUAUAAGUAUAUAAAUACAUUUUCUGUGAAUGGUUGUGAAUUGAAAUAAUAAGCCAUGGUGCAGUGAUGACCUAAUCAUAGCAUACAUACCUAGCCACUUUUUUCUUCAUUUCUUUAUGUAUAUUUUCUUUAAUGCAGGGGUGGGCCCCAAAGAGUUGACACUGUUUUUUCCUAUGUGAUUAUUGGACAAAUGGAAAGCACCAGCUUGUUCUUGUCACCUCUUGUAAAUGUCUGGGGUCAAUAUCAGGGUAUGACCGUCAUUAUUGUAGGCAGUUAAAUGGGGUUGGGUGGGGCAAGUGGGCAUUUGACACAUCAACAUUUGGGUUUAUGUUGAUUGAAUUUUCAUUGUAAUGUUUUACAGACACCCAUGAGGUUUGAAAUUUACAUUUUUAAUAAAAAUAAAACACAAAAAAACUUCCUCUUGUAAUUUUGAGCUUGGCUAAUUAAAGGAUUAUUUAAAUGAGAAAAUAAAUCGUAGAAACUUACAAGAAA